AUGCAGUCCUCAUCUGAUUUAGAAAACCAAUACGACAAGGUUUCUCUUGAUCUGGAUGGCCCGAAUGAUCCCCUGCUCCCCAGAUCGGGCCGUUCCUCUGCCAGGGUUUGUGCACCACUAAGGAGAUCCCUUGAGGUUAUUGAGCUUGACGAUAUUCCGCCAAUCAUCAAAUCCAAUAAUGGCAACGUCUUCUGGGCUGAUGAGAGAUGUGGAAGACGAGUCGGCUUGACAGCAACCGAAGCUCGACUCUUCUUGAAAUUACUCCAAACUGAUGAACCCGAGAACUACAAUUACGAUGAGUUCAAGUCUAUGUUCGACGAUUUUGGAAGAGAGCAGAAGAGGUUGGAGGAUUUGGUUCAUGCGGUCAAAUGGUGGAACGUUCCCAUGUAUCGACAGAGAUCGAUCUGGAACGCAAGAAUUCAGUGGUUGAAAAGAAUGGACGAACCUCGUCUAUGGCUUCUCUACCUCAUGGCCCGAAGACGCAGGAUCCUGAAGAAAGCUACCAAGAAAGUCUUGUGUAGACUCAAAGAAAAGAGACGUGUUCGUAUGGCGCUUCAUGAAUCUCCUACACGAGGACGACAAACUCAGCCAACCACCCAGCAAAAUCAGCCACCCGAUCAAAGGAUCAUGAUCAACGAUGAAACACAAACGUCAGAACUCCAACUUGACAUCCCGACCCCACCUAUAAAGAAAGGCCCUCGAGCUAGCUUCGCCAGCGAGGCAAGUCAAACGUCCGACGUUAAACUUGGUGUCAUUCGACGUAUUCGAGAUAGUCUGAGCGAAUCCAGACACCAGGAUAGCAGUCAUUCUCACAAUUCCCACCAUUCAGGAUCCAGACCAAGACAUAGUCGUUCCUCACAUGGUCAUUGUCCAGUCUUCGAGGAUCGGAUCGAAGCAACGAGAGAACAUAUCAAGAAACAAGUCGAGAUCAUAAUGCCUCCACAGAAGCCGUACAUUGUGAUUGGAUGGUUUGUUCAUUCAGCUAGUGAUCCUAAUGAGCGGAUUAUGCAGUUUGAUAAUCCUGAGGAGCUCUUCAAAUCCAUGAGAAAAGGAGAGAGGAAUGUUAGAGGUUAUCGAAGAUUCCUUUCCUUGCGUGGCCUGAGAGGAUUUGGCUUGUACAAGUGUGACAUUUCUCGCGGUGCCCAUAUCCCUUUAAUUCUCAACGCAUCUCAAGAAGCUGUGCUCUCGCAAAUGUACCUAGCAUACAACGCCUCUUACCGCCAUCACGACGAGGAUGUUGCACGAGCCUGGCAAGGAUGGGUAUACAAGAAUCUCAAUGAUUGCAAGAACAAUCCUCUAGAGGGAAGAUACUCUCUACAACUGAUCUACGAUUGGUCCUCCUAUCGCCUAAGCACUGUCGUAGCCAUUCCGCUGCUCCUAUCUUUGGCUAUUGGUUUCUGGUACAUGAAUGGAAGAGGGGAUGUGGUUACUGCUUGGACUUUGGCUUUGUAUAUUGUAACUGCUGCUGCUGCACUUAUUGCUUUGAUGGCUGUUAUUGGAGGUCUGAAAGAUAUUUGA